UAUUUCUCUAAGGUGCAGAUCGUCUCGGUCACGUGACGUCAGUUCCCGCUGUUUUUCUGUCGGCGCACUCUGAGAGGAAGCGGCGGGAACAGCGAGCGCAUCCCUUUAACAACAACUGGGACAUAGCGGAGAGGAGGGGGUCGAAGAAAGAGGAAUUAAAAAGGAAAAGGAAGAAAGAGACGGAAGGGAGGGAGGAGGAGAGAGAGCGCGAUAAAAAAAGAAAGAUGACAACCUGUGAAUCGAAGCGCCGAGGUGGAGCGGCGGGCUGCGGCCGGGCUCCAGCGUCACUCUCCGGGGUCACCGCUUAACUCUACAGCGAGGCUUCGACAAACACCCGAGAGGCCUAUCGGGGGAUCGAGGAAAAAAACUCUGAUUCAUCCACAGCAACCUUAAACUUUGGCUCUUUCGAUUGCGUCAGUCGCAUCACGUCUAACCGUCAUUUUAACGUCUAAAUGCCUUUUAUUAUGCACGAUGUAAGAGUCUAGAAGUAACACGAUUGCUUUCGACAUUUUAACUCCUGCAAAUGAAUAAAUAGCACGUUGUUGUGAUGUCUCGGGUUAAAGUUGGACAGGAGCAAAGUAAACACUAAAUGGUGUGUAUUAUUGCCUGCUAAUCUGAGCUGUUCAUGAAACAAGUGAAUAGUUUAAAAACACGUCUAAAGGAUGUAAAUGGUGCGUUAUUAAUCUCCAGGACUGUGUAGUUGAUUAUAAUAUUCAUCGCAGUGGAACAAAAUGGAUGCCGCUUGGAGCAAUUUUCUCUUCCAGACCCCAGUGGAGGGGAGCCUCCAAUCAGAGCUGCUGAACUCUCCUCAGACCCCGCCCACCGAGCACAUAGCCCCGCCCCCGUCGACAGUGGAUACUGCAGCUCUCAAUGAGGAUCCUGUACCUGUGAAGCCGGUGUGCAGACCGGCCCGCGCCUCCCACAUCUGCUCCAUCUGCAGCAAGCAGUUCAAGAACAGCUACAACCUGCGGCGGCAUCAGUCUGUCCACACCGGGCUCCGCAUGAAGGGGGCGCCGCAGAGCCACGAGGCCAAAGAGAGCGCGCCGCUCUCUCUGCUGCAUCUCUCCAUCCCCCAGAUGCUGCCCGCUGCCAUGGAGACCGUCACCGCCCUCCCGCCUCCCGCCGCUGCUGUCGCCAUGGCAACAGGGGAGCCGGUACAGAGGCCAGUAAACCAGAACCCUGUGCGCAAGAACCACGCCUGUGAGACCUGCGGCAAAGCCUUCAGAGACGUGUAUCAUCUGAACCGGCACCGGCUCUCGCACUCGGAUGAGAAGCCCUUCUCCUGCCCCGUCUGCCAGCAGCGCUUCAAGCGCAAGGACCGCAUGAGCCAUCAUGUGCGCUCGCACCAGGGAGGCGUGGAGAAGCCCUACAUCUGCCCACACUGCGCUAAAGCCUUCUCACGGCCUGAUCAUCUCAGCAGUCACGUCCGACAGGUGCAUUCUUCAGAACGACCCUUCAAAUGUCCGACGUGUGAAUCGAGCUUCGCCACGCGGGACCGUCUGCGCGCUCACAUGAUCAGACACGAAGAGAAGGUUCCGUGUCACAUCUGUGGCAAACUGCUGUCUGCGGCCUACAUCACGGAUCACAUGAGGGUGCACAACCAAUCACAGCAUCACUCCUGCCACCUCUGCAACCGCAGUUUCACCACGCUGACGUACCUGCGGGUUCACGCGCAGAAGCACCAUGGGCAGGAGUGGAAGGAGAGCGGCUUGGGCCCCGGGGCCGUGCUCGUCUGCCAGCUGUGCGGCGUUCACUGCAAGACCCCCACGCAGCUGCAGGGCCACAUGGGGACCCACAACCCCCCCGGCAGCGAGCCGGGCCCCGGCGGCCCCAGCAGCAGCAGCGAGAGCAGCACCGUCACGCUCUGCAGCAUGGUGUCGGCCCCCGCGGUGUUCGUGAGCGGGAACACGGUGCUGGACCUGCUGGUGACCGACUGCUCCAGCAUCAUGCCGCAGAGCUAGCGACUGUACUCACACACACAUGACCCAAACAGACAGUAUACUCCCUAGUACACUAUUAUACUCCCUAGUACACUAAACACGCCAAGGACAAACUGAAGACAGGCAUUCUGAGUGGAAUCCUUCAGUUUUAUCACAUGCACACCAGUGCUGGGCAGUAACUAGUUGCAGUAAUAAUAUUACUUUUUAUUAUUAUUAUUAAUUGUUAGUUACAUUUUAUGGGGAAGAUAUGCAACUUCUGUGGAGCGUGAAAGAAGAGUGGUGUAACUAAUUACUGUUGCCAGAAAAUAAUAUGUAAGAAUAUUACUUUUGAAAGUAACUAGUAAUGAGUAAUAUAUUAAUUUUUGUGAGUGACGAGCCCAACACUGACGCACACACACGCAUAUAUGAUGAGAAGUACUGUAGCACGAUGCGCAUCGAAAGAACACCUCUCAGUGAUGCACAUAACGCCGCUUUACCUUGACCUCAGAGAGUUCAUCUGUGCAGUUUCUGGCGGUUCGGUCUUCUGAAGCUGAAGGAUCAGGGCAUAACGCUGCAGAAGAAACUUAGAGGGCAGUGUUUUCCCAAAAACAAAUCAUUCACUCCUCUUCAUUCAGACUGCUGUCACAAAUGGAGCUUUCUUCCUUUUUGGAGUUUGACUUUCUUAGGUUUCUCGUUCAUUUUCGUUUAGCUCUGACAUUCUGCUAAAUUGUCCCACAGAACAAAGAAAAUCUUGUGGGUGAGUUAAUGCCGGGUGAACUAUUGCUUUAACGCUUUUAGGACAAAAUAGCCAUGCUGGAUCCACUGUUUCUCCUCUUCUUCUGCUCUGUUUCAUGGCAGCGGGACUCUGAUGAUACUGUGAUUGUGUAUUGCUACUGUAUAUCCUCUGCCUGUAAUAUCACAGUCCUCUGGCGUUAAGAUCCAUUCAUAAGUCAUCAUAGAUCUGGUGAUGAAAGACAAAGAGCUGAAGGCUGAAGAUGACAGGUUGCAUUAGAUGAAAGAGAGAAGUUAAGAGCUGAAAGGAGAGAUGAUUUAUUAACAUUAGUUCUUCUGCAAAAGGAACUACAGAUUUAAAAAUUAUUCAAAUUAAAAUGUAUUUCCUGCAAAAAAGAAAAGCAGAUCAUCUUACUGACCCUAAACUUGUGAACGGUAUACAGUGCUUUUGCACUGCCUUUAACCCUUUAACUGUCACCCCCCAUUUUUUUAAAUAAGCAUGCAGGUGCA